AUGCGUACUUCGUCACCUGUUCUUUGUUUUCUUAUCUCAUGCUUACUACUACCUCUUGCCUUUGCUGGGCCAGGAACCCAUCGUUUUGAGGCCGGGCAUUCCAAUUAUGGUGAAGAUUUGAAGAAUAAACAGCACAUUCAAGAACACAUCAAUGCAUUGGCUAAGGAUGGACAAGCACCCAAGGUAGAAGACAAGGACAUGGUCUAUUAUUUGUUUGUGGUACAUGAUAAGAAUGCAGAUGGACAUCUCGAUGGACAUGAGCUCAGAGCGGCCUUCACUGACUUUGAGGAAGGAGAUGAGGACCCGACAAAAUUCAUUUCACUAGAAGAGGUAACAGAGAUGGUAGACCAUGUUCUUGAAGAAGAUGAUAUCGAUGGAGAUGGCUUGAUUUCUUGGGAUGAAUAUCUUCAGAGCCAACUCUAUCACGGGCAGACUUGA